CCGACGAUUACACUUUGUUCGAGGAGAAAUAUUAUUUGUUGGGUUGGAAUAUUAAUUGGAUUUGUUCAUGAUGAAAACUCCAAGCAAGGAUAAAUAACUUUAAAAAAGCUAUAUGCAAGUGCCUGAUAUGAGGAUCGAUUGAGUGGCAGUAUAAGAAAUCGACGGUAAAGGAUACUUUGAUACUUCUUGCAAUCGCACUGACCUGUAAACAAAAACAGAGGAUAGAAAGAUAAGCUGGGAAGCAUUUGAUAAAGACGCAAAUUAAGCAAUUAAUGCGAGUGAUUCAUCGUUAUCAUCUUGGCACACACACUCCACCACUACUCCGCUGCUGCGCUGGAUAAACUGUGGAGACACUAACUGUUGGUCAAUUGUUUCUUUUUACCGGCAGCUGAUUUGGGAAUGGUGUGAAAACAUAUCCAUCAGCUGCUCUAAGGACAAUAGAAAGUUGGAUUACUCCUUGACUUAGUGAGGACAUAGUUUAAGGACAACAUGGAUUUGGUUGAUAUUGACCAGGUAUUAGAUAAUCUUGAGCUGCAUGAAGAGGAGGCCAACGAACAACAACGAAAAAAACUUGAGGAGACUAAGAAAAAGGAAGUGACACAACACAAAAGCGGCACUGCCAAUGGUUUUGUCUCCCAAGCAAGUGCAGGCUUCAAAGCAGUUUCCCUGGUUUUCAACAGUUUGGAUGACUAUUGUAAAAAUGUUGAGUCUUUAGAUACACAUGCGACUUCGGUGUCUUCUCUCAAUGAACAGUUACAGGCCAAACAGGUAGAAUGUCGCGAAAAAUCUGGUUUCCAGCCCUCACAUAUGGUAGCUACGUCUCGUCAGGAAUUGGAGGAAUAUGAAAAUGAGGUCGAAGAGAGCAAAGAUAUACAGAAAUUCGUAGAGAAGCCGCGGAAGAAGAAACUUACCACUAUCAUAGAUAAGGAUUCUCCCGAUGAGUCCACGAAUUCGCAGAGUUCGGAGUCACUGACCACUUCUUCAAAUUCCACUUUUUCUUCGGGUCCCUCAUUAGAUGCUGAUGACUCUCUGGAGGAACCAACACCUUUGACCAACUCUGGCGAAAAUGUAAUAGGUGAGAGAAGUGUGGAGGCGCAGGAGCCUCAUAACGAGCAACUAACAAAUAAUGAGCAGCUGUCCGACAAUCAAUGUUUGCUGGAAAGUUCUGAGGCCAAAGAAGAGCCGCAAACCUCUGUGGUCGAAGUUAGCGAUGAAGAGGCCAACUAUUUAAGCGAGAUUUCAAAUUCGUUGGACUUAAUACAGCAAAAUCUCCAAAACUCCACAAAUGUUGAAGAGCUGACACAUGGCCUGUCCUCCAUAUCUCUUACCAGCGCUAAUUUACAAUCUCAAUCGGUAUUACAUUUGGAGACCUCGCUUUCAUCGUCCAUGGGCAAGGUGUUGGAAGACCUAACGGAUUCCAACAUAACUUCAGCUCUGACUCAGACGAGAGACAUGGCUCCGAUAGCUCCGAAUACACCCAUAGAAGAAUCUUCUGAGGCAGCCAACACUUCGGUGGAAGUACUACAUGAACAAUCUGUACCUGAUUCUCAACAGCUACCACAACAGCAACAAGGGCCGCCAAUUUAUAAUUAUAACCAAGCCGUGUGCAAUGAAGCCAAUUCACCAAUUCAGCAGCAGCCGGUCACAUUUUGUUCAACUAUGGAUGAAAUUUCGGAUACAGAACUGGAUUCCAUGUUGCAAGAAAUGGAUGUAGAUGAAGAGGCUGUUGCCGAAAAUACCACGCCAGCGGUUGACGACAUGAAACCCGAACAAACCGAGAGUCUCAGUGCGAUGCCACAAACAGAGUCGGUAGUGCAAAAAAUAGAAAAUGUUAUCGCCGAACCGUUGGACGACAUUUUAUCAAAUGAAAGUUCCGGCGACCAUCCAAAUGGAGACAGUUUUUCUCAAGCAUCGACAGUAGAAUUUUCGGAAAUUCGACCCCAAAAUCAUCAAGACUUGGGCGAUUGCGAGGAAAGCAUGGUCAUAAACUCCGCGGUAUCCUCCUAUAGCAAUAGUGAAUCUUCAUCCUUGGAAGGUGAUAUUAUUCAGACAAAGAAUUUGGAAGCAGAGGACACGGAUCCAUCUCGACCCCAAAGACCAACCUCACUGGAUUUGCCGGCAGUACAAGCCCAAGCCCUUGACAUCUAUGCCAACGCCGGACAAACACCACCAGGUUCUGAACAGGCAGAAGUGGGAGCAGCAACAGAAGAGGAUUUGCAAACUCCACCAUCGCCGGAUGUGGAACCCGAAACCAGUCCCGUAGCAAAUGAUAUUGCCGAGGCAACUGGUUAUAGUGAAGAUCCCCAUGCUAAUUUGGGGAAAAUUCCACCUAUAUGGGUGCCUGACAACAUGGCCACCGGCUGUAUGCAAUGCAGCGCUAAAUUUACCAUGAUAAAACGCCGUCACCAUUGCCGUGCGUGUGGCAAAGUCCUGUGUUCUGUAUGUUGUUCGCAAAAAUUCAAAUUGGAAUUUCUAACUGAACCCGAAUCCAGAGUUUGUGUGCAGUGCUAUUUAAUUCUUACGCAAAGGCAAACAUCCCAGCCAGUUGGAUCUUUGACAUCCGGUCCUCAUGUAAAUCCUAACAAUGCAGCACGCUCGCCAAAUCCAAAUAACCCUAUGGAAUAUUGUUCGACCAUUCCCCCACACCGACAGGUUAGUGGAGAUGUGAAAACACCACCUUCGGUUAUUGUGCCGGUGGGCGUGUUAAAAAAGGACACCGGAAGUUACUCAUCAACUUCGUCCAACUCAAGUGGUCAAAAGGCACGCAAACGAAAGUCGGUCAUGUUUAGCGAUGGCAUUGCUCCGGGCAGUCAUUUGGCCAGCAUUGAACUGUGGAAUGAACAGCCUAAGCAAGCGCGACGGCAGAGUUCUUCGAAUCGUAAUGCAGCAGCGAAUAAGCCAGCUACACCACGUUCUGAAUAUAUAACAGAUGCCACAACAAUGGGUUUGGUGGCACAAUUGUUUAGAGGAUCCAUUCCACCGAUGGCGGCAGCGGCAACCCUAAAUACAGCUGCACAAUCUGUGACAACAUCGUCGCCAGUAGCAAGUGCUACCAAGCAAUCCAACAACUCAGCGACAGCAAGCAGCACUCCUAAAAUAAUCGAGACUAACCGCUCCAAACGUUUGCCACCUUCAGGAUGCGAUGACAAUGGCUGUUUCAUUCCCGAUACCGAAGGAAGUUUGCCACCUAUUGUUAUAACGAAAGACGAAACUGGUUGUGAUUUUGAUUAUAAAGAUGUCGUAAAUAACUAUGAUUUGGUAUUGCGUUUACAAAAAGAAACCCUAAAAUUUGCCGUGCAAAAAAAUUUCUUUGUUUUUGUUAAAAUAGUCAAUUUAAAAUGUUGUUUGAAUCGAACAGUGAUUAACUUUACCACAUGUGGCAUGCAUCAUGUGGGCAAUGAUGAAAUUAUUAUCCUUUUGGAAUUCGAGCCACCAGCGUCAAAAGAAGAAGCUGCCGGCUCCGGGUUUUUAAUACCACGUGAUGUUUUCGUGCAUUUGAAUGAAAUCUACAAUAAUGCCGAAGCCGGAAGUCCUAUACAGGAAUUGUCACAUACUAGCCCUCAACAGGGCACAUUUUUGGGAUCUCGCGAUUAUGGAGGUUUUAUUUUCAUUAGGCCCACGUUCCAGUGCAUGCUUGAUGUCAUACAACCGGACAAACCCUAUCUGAUAGGGAUAUUGAUACAUCGCUUUGAAAUUCCUUGGGCCAAAAUAUUCCCUUUGCGUUUGAUGUUGCGAUUGGGAGCCCAAUAUCGCUAUUAUCCUUGCCCACAUGUGUCCAUGUGCAAUAGGGAAUCGGUUUAUGCUGAAAUUGCUCAGACAAUAAUGGUGUUCUUGGCUGAUUUCCGCAACUAUACUUAUACUCUGCCUUUCAUAAGGGGUAUGUACAUCCACAUGGAAGAUCGCCAGACUACGGUAGCCAUUCCUCGCAAUCGACUAGAUGAUGUGGUGAAAGCCAUUAACAAUUCCAGCGAUCAUAUAUUGGCUUUUGGUGGGAAUUUUUCCAAAACUGCCGACGGUCAUUUGGUGUGUAUGCAAAAUGUUAACGAUGAUCGAACAGAAAUGUAUGCUUACUCCACACAAGCCAUCAACAUUCAGGGACAACCACGUAAAGUCACCGGUGCUAGUUUCUUUCUUCUAAACGAGUCCUUAAAGCCCAGCAGUGGUCUUUCGGGAAAAUGUAGUAUUGUGGAGGAUGGCCUUAUGGUUCAAAUAUUGCCCUCACAAAUGGCAGAAGUGCGUGAGUCACUGAAAAAUCAAAAGGAUGUCACAAUUGUUUGCGGUCCCAUAGGAGCUGAUAUUCAUCAAACUGAAAUUGUUUGCCUGAAAUGGGUGAACAAUGAUAAGGAGUUUAAUAUUGGGGUAAAAUCGCCCAUUGAUGACCGUCUGAUGGAUGGCGUGUCGAGUAUGCGAGUCCAUGCCAGUUUCAACUAUUCCAAUUCGAAUUAUGCAAUACGUUUAACGGACAUAUAUGUGAUUCAGCAUGCCGAUUGGUAUAAUACAAAUUCAUCCACAUUGAGUGCGUCCACCACCUCGGAUGUAACACGAAUGACCGAACAAAUAGCCCGUAGUACAUCAAUGGCAUUGGUGCCAUUCCUAGAUCUUUUGGCAGCGAGUAAAAGUACGAAAAUUGGUUUAAGAGCCACUCUACACCAGGACAAUGUUUGUUAUGAAGCUGGAGCUCGUGGCUCAAAAUUACCUCCUCUAUAUAUGAAUGCGCUUGAUAACCAUUUGAUUCCUACCCUACAUGAUAUCUCAGCAGGCAUAGAGGAGGCCCUUAUAUUAGAACUAAUCUUUUACAUAUUAAAUGUUUAGUAAAAUAAUCGAUAGAAUUGCGACGACAAAUGAAACGACUACAGAAAUUUUAUCCCAAAUGAUAAACCUAGCCCCUGCGCCCCCAAAAUAUAUAAGUGCAAUGGAAUUAGAAUCAAAAUUUAGCUAAGAUUUUUCAUAGAACGUGGUCGAUUGUAAAAGGGAAGGCGAAAAAAAAGAGUAAUUAAUAUAAAUUAAUUCAAGUUAUUGUAAAUCAAUUCUCAAAUUUUGUAGAAAUUAAAAUCUCGUGUUUUUAAAUUUAUUUUCUUUUUGCUAAAACUAUAUAUUUGUUAAACGACUGUACACAUGGAAUGUGUACAUUAUUAGCGCUCUGUGAAUCCUUCGUUUGUUGUUCUCUAUAAUUUUCUCACUGAAAAUAGGAGCACAUUUGAACAGGGAUCUUUUUAUUUACUGUAUUUUUGGGGAACACACUCUUCUUACAUAUAUAUACACACACACACCCACAUAUAUAUAUAUAUAUACAAAGAACUAUAAUGAUAACGAACGUAGAAAUAUUUAAUGUAUUAUAUAAUGUUUAUUAAGCUUGUAUUAUUGUUUAAAAAAGAUUCCCUUUAUUUCUCUCAUUCAAAUG